AUGAAGACACCCAUUGGAGCUUUAAUCACAUUCUUGUGGCUGCAGCUGGACUGUGUCAGCCUUGGAAAAGAGGUGGAGCAGAGUCCUUCUACCCUGAGUGUCCAGGAGGGAAACAGCUGUUUUAUCACCUGUACUUAUACAGAUGUUACCUCAAGCUACUUCCCUUGGUAUAAGCAAGAACCUGGAAGAGGUCCCCAGCUCCUUAUAGACAUUCGUUCAAAUAUGGUUGUGAAUGAAAUGGAAGAUGGAAGACUCACAAUUUUCCUCAAUAAGAGUGCCAAACAGCUCUCAUUGCACAUCGCAACUUCCCAACCUGAAGACUCAGCCAUCUACUUCUGUGCAGCAACUGCACAGUGCUCCCCAGGCACCUGCAGCCUGUACCCAAACCUGCAGUCGAGGCUCCAGACACAUCUUGAAGUGCAGAUGAAAUAUGCACACAGACACACACCGUUUGUUUGUGCAUAA